AUGGUGGGAGUUCUACGGGUGGUGUCAGCAGCUGGGGAUGCGUUGGUUGAUAUCCGGCCGGACUGGAAAAGCUUGGACGAUGCCUCCGGAGCUACCGUUGGGGCAGUCUUUCGAAGCAGCGAGGUUCUUCAAAUGUACCAUCUGCAGGCCACUGCUGAGCUUUACGAGCAAGGAGGGCUUAAUCACGACAUGUCGUUCUUCCUGACGGGUGUGGCAUAUUACAGCGUGGAGAGGCCCGACGUUAAGGUGUCGAUUGCCUACCACCCUACCAACAUGACGAUAUCCUUGCUGCCCGUUAUAUCGGAGGAUGGCCGGGAGUUGCGGUGGGACCAUCAGGCGGCGUCCGUGAGCUAUGUGAUGGGCGUUGAGCAGGCGUACUGGAAUGCCGGCUCGUAUAUGGGGGAGACAACAGGCGCGUUUUUCAGCUACGCUGUUGAGUUCAGCCUUGAGUACCACCGGCUGCACCCCCGGUACCAGCCGUUCAGCGUUUACGAGGACUACCCAGGCCGGGAAUUCUUGACCGCCAGCGGCUGCGACGAGUUCGUCUGGGCGCUCCUCUCCGCGGCGCAGACCAGGGGCGUGCGGCUCAUCCCGGCCCUGCUUCCCCAGAAGCACAAGAUCGUCAUCUAUUCGCACUCCAAGCCAGAGAUCAUCGUCUUCAGCGGGGACGGUAGUAGCGCCAGCGGGGGGGGUAAUGGGGACGCCGACGAGCCGGUGGAAGGUGGCGCGGUGCCGGGGGAGGCGGGGGGUGGCAGCAGCAGCAGCAGCAGCAGUAGCAACAGCAGCAGCGGUGGCGAGGUGGGGGCUUCGUCGUGGUCGUCGUCGUCGUUGCCGACUUCUUCGGGGGGCAGCGACGCCGCGCCGGUAAGAGAGGAGGAGGAAGGGCAUGCCAGCGGCAGCGGCAGCGGCAGCGGCAGCGGAAGCAGCAGCAGUAGCAUGAGUCCGAGCGUUGAUGAGACCCGCAACAACAGUAGUGUUAGCAGCAGUACUGGGCAGGAGGGGCAAGAGGAAGAUGGCAACGGUAGCAGCGCCGGUGGCGAAGAGCGGCAGCGGCUGCUGCGAGGAAGAACGCUUCUGUGGGGUUCGCCGGGCUCGGACUCCGCAGGCAACGCAGGAGAAGCCGGGGCUUUAGACCGAGAGGCGGGGGAGGUCGAAGAUGAGGGGACGGAAGAGCCCGGUGUAACCGGCGUCGACGAGGCGGAGGCAACCGGUGCGCCGCUGUCCACGGUUUCCCCGAUGGAAGCGGCGGUGCAGACGCGCGCCCCCGCAGCAGAGCCGACAGACGAGUGGCAGGAAGUGGUGGGGUAUUACCAGUCGCUGCAGUUGUGCCUGCAAGAGCGCAAGUUCAGCUUCGUCACGUCCUUGAAAGACUUUGUUCGGUACUUCGACUGCCUUGACGACGUGGCGUUUAUCGCAAUCGGUCCCCACGAGUACUACAAGGUGAAUAUCACAUCAACAAAGCUGGACCACAUAUCGCUGCCCGAGGAGCUGCCGGAAGUGAAACGGCGAUAUGAGAGCUUCACGGGAGUGGACACCGCGCUCGCGGUUUGGAUCUUGAUGAUCAUUGCGUGCGGUAUUCACGGAGUACUCUGGCAAGCGGCUGUGAUCCAGCACUGGCUCAAGUCGUACGGCAACGCGCAGGCUAGGUGGAGGACGAGCCCUCGGAAGGGUCGGAUGAUUCUGCGGAGCCCCAGAUGCCCCCGUCCCUCACCCGGAGGAUAACAACGGAGUACCUACGAGUGGGGCAGCUGCUUCUCGGCAAGGCCGAGGACGACUUUCUCGAGCUCUCUCCCUCCUCCGCUCCGGCCAAAGAUGCCUCUGAUGCUUGUUCUGGUGCUGCUGCGAGUGGGGGGGGUCCCGGCGACGCGGACUCUUCGGGGCGGGGCGGCAGCAACAGGCUGCCGCGGCGGCAAAGAUCGCCGAAGCGCGGCGGCGCUUUCCUCAACGGAGCCCCGCGAGAUCGCGACGGAGGGGGUGCUGGGGGCUCCAGGCGAAGGCAAGGGCCCGCCAGAGGAGGAGGAAGAGGCGCAGCAGAGGAGAAGGGUUUAGAGAUGCGGGACACAUCGGGACAGCCGAAAGGCGGACGGUGGGG